UAAUGCAACAUCUGUGGAUGCAAGCUGCCGUUAAAAACGACAGAAGAAGAAGAUUACAGCGACAACUGUUACUCAGUUUUUCCACACAAAUGUUGUCCAUUGUGGUUUUCCUGUCUUUGCUAAUCAUCUUGGUUUCAGGAUUAAAAGAGCUCAAAGUGAAUCCUGGACAAGAUGCCUCUCUUCAAUGUCAGGGUCCCAGGGAUGCAGAGAUCACCCUGUUGGAGUGGAACAGAGCUGACCUCAAAUCAGAUGAUUAUGUCUUUAUGUACAGAAACCAGCGCCCGUAUGAAAGCUACCAGCAUGUGUCCUUUAGAGGCCGAGUGGACCUGAUGGAUCCAUCCAUGAAGGAUGGAAAUGUGUCUGUGACGCUAAGGAACGUCAGGCUCAGCGAUACAGGAACGUACAAGUGUCAGAUUACAACCAAGGAAACAGAAAGUGUCGUCCAUGAGUGCUCCAUCAACCUCACAGUCACAACCCCAGAUAAAGACUCCAAGGCGUCCAAUGAUGGAGGAGAGAGGGAUAAGUGUCUGCCUGUCACCAUCCUUGUCCUGUCAGUUUUUGUUGUGCUUAUUACUGAUAUGAUGUAAUUACCUGCAGAAACUGAAAAAUGUGUCUGAUAUCUUGGCUACUGAGAGUCCAAAGUAUACUACUGAUUAAAUUUUUUAUUAACUUCUUCAAGCAUUUUAUGUUGAACUUUUGUUACAGCCCUAGCAGGGCCGCCUCCUGAAGUUGUCUGUGUGGGCGUGUCCGACCAUCUCUCCUGCCUUAGCUGCCACCUUUUUUCUUUUGUGCAGCUGACUCUCGUCAGUAAUUAAAAGUAUUUAAGCCCAGGGAAAGGUGAGCUCUGGGCCAGUGUGCCAUUAGUAUGGUUGCAGCUAGUGAGCUGCUCUCUCUUUUUGAGUUACUUUUUACUUUAUUGACCAACGCUUGAGUUUUGUUUGUUUUCCUUAAAUGGUGAUAGCGGCUUGUCCGUCUCUUUUAGUUGAGCUACCUUAAUAAAACUAUUUAAUUUAACCG